AUGCCUGAUACCACAGAAGCAGAUCCAAGUCCUGUUUUAACACUCCCCAGUGGCCGAAGUCAUCCUCUUUUCCUGUAUGGAACCGCUUGGAAGGCAGACAAAACCACCCCUCUUGUUCAAGCAGCUCUCUCUCAUGGAUUCACUGGAGUUGACACUGCUUGCCAGCCGAAACAUUACCAGGAGCAUCUGGUGGGCCAAGGCCUUUUCAAUCAUCUCCAGGAAAACUCAAUGGUGGACCGUUCUAGGCUUUAUAUACAGACCAAAUUCACCCCUCCAAAUGGGCAGGACCCAAGCAAUACCCCCUACGAUGCGACAGCUCCACUCAGCACACAGGUCAAGCAAUCAGUUGAGACUUCCUUGAAAAAUCUCAACGUGGAUUAUAUAGAUUCGGUUCUACUACACUCACCAUUGCAGACCCUAGAAGACACAAUCAAGGCCUGGAAAAGCCUCGAACAGUUUGUCCCGCACAAAGUUCGUCAUCUUGGGAUCUCAAAUUGCGGUUUUCCCAUUCUCUCAGCACUCUACAGCAGCCCAGCCAUAAAUGUUAGGCCAUCAAUUGUACAGAACCGAUUCCACGAAGCGACGGGAUACGAUACUCAGGUUUUGGCUUUUUGUAAGGAGCAUGGGCUGGUCUAUCAGAGCUUCUGGACCUUGACGGCGAAUCCAGGACUGCUGAGGUCUAAAUUGGUUAAUGGAUUCGCCGAAGAGAGGGGUUGGACAAAAGAGCAGGCGUUGUAUGCACUUGUUUUGUCUCUUGGGAGGGAAUGGGAGAAUGGUGGAGGAGUAUCAAUAAUGAACGGAACCACCAAUGAGGAAACAAUGAAGAGCGAUCUGAAAGUUUUGGAGGGAAUGGGUGGUGUUCCAGAUGGAAUCAUGGGGGAAUUUGUCAAAUUGUUGAGGACACAAUAG